AUGGAGAUUCACAAAAUGAGUAAUAAAAUUAAUAAAGACAGUGAUAAAAUAACAAAAAAAAAUAUUAAAGAAAAAUCUUUAGGACCGGAUUAUUGUAAAAAUUAUAUUAAUGCAUGUAAAGAAUAUAAUUCAAAUGAUUUUAACAAUACUAACUUGAAAAUAUCGCAAAAUGAAAUAAAUACAAAAAUAUAUUUGGGGAAAGAAAUUGAUAAUGAUAAAUCUCUAAAAGAAAAGAAAAAAUUAUGUAAUAACAUAUCUGAACAAAAUAAUAAUAUUGAAAAUAAAUAUUUUUUUUCAGUAGACAGAAAUAGAAAUAUAGAUUGUAAUAUUGUUCAUAAUAAAAGUAGAGAUAAAAUAAAAGAAAUAGAUAAAGGUACUUUUUUUUUUAUAAAAAAUAAUGAAUAUCGUAAUAGUUUGAAUCGAGAAAAUAAUUACUGUUAUGAUGAAUCUAAUAUAGUUACACAAAAAAUUUAUGAAAUAAAUAAUUUAAAAAAUAAUGGAAAUGGAAAUGAUGAUAAAAAUAGAAAUGAUGAUAAAAGUAGAAAUGAUGAUAAAAGUAGAAAUGAUGAUAAAAGUAGAAAUGAAGAUAAAAAUAAGAACAAGAUAAAUGGUGAUAAUAAAUUUAAUGAUACCAAUCGAAUUUACUUUUCGAAUAAAUUAGUAGACCCAAUAGAUAAUACAACUAUAAAAACAGACAAUAUUAGAAAAAAGGUUCAUGAAAUAUAUAUUUCACAUUUUAAACAUCCAGAAAUGUAUAAUGAUUUAUCAGAAAAUAAUUAUGGCGAUUUAUUCGCAAGUUAUUAUACAGAUUGGGACCUUGAAUUAAGAAAUGGUUCAAAAAUUGAUAAAGUUGGUAAAAAUGAUCAAAUAAAACACAUGCAUACUUUGUCUAAUCUUGAAAAUCUAACAGAUGUAAAAAAUGAUUCCAUUACAGAAUUAUCUCUAAAUAUAGAUAAUAAAACUUUCCAGGAUAUUUCAAAUUCUUUGCAAAAUACGAAGGAACACACAUGUACAUAUACAACUAUGGAUGAUUUUUAUGAUCAUAAUAAUACACUUUAUAUAUAUCCAUCUAAUAAAAUAAAAUAUGAACAAUAUAAUAAUAAGCUAAAACCUAUAGAAUCACAUAACAUAUGCAAAGAUAAGUUGAGAAGAGAUAUAGAUAAUAAAACAAUACGUAUUGAUGAAUUAUAUAAUGGACAUUAUGAUAUAAAAAACGAGAAAAAAGAAAUUAUAAAUAUAAAUAAUAAUGAUUCUAACAGAAUAGAAUACAAAGAUAUACCAUUAUAUUUACAUGAUGUACAUACAUUUAAUGAAAUAUCCAAAAGUAGACUUAAUAUGAAUGAGGAUUCUAAAAAAAUGAAAAAUAUUAUGAACAAGUCAGAAAAUAAUAACAAUAAUAAUAAUAAUAAUAUUAUUAUUUAUGAUAACUCUAGUAAAUAUGUUGAAGAAACAAAAAAUGGAAUAAAAUGUUUUAAAAAUUAUGAUAGUUAUUCUGGUUGUUCUAAUUUUAUGAAUCCUCAAAAUAAUAAAGGAAAGAAUGAAAAUUACAUAAAUUGUAAUAAUAGUUAUAGUAUGAAAGAGCAAAUAGAUAAAACUGAUGAAAAGGAAAUUCGAAAUUCCAAAAAUUAUAAAUUUGGGAUUAUAUCAUCAAUAAAAUAUCCUAAAACCCUAAACCCUGAACCCAAUUUAGGAAAACAUAAUUUAAUAAAUGAAAACAAUUUAUAUAGUAUGCAAAAAAUAUAUUUAGGAAAAUCUAUUGGAGAAAAGCAGGAAAAUAAAAUUCCUGUACAUAAUAUAGUAAGAUUCAAAAAAGAAUCAAAUUUUGGUAUAUCUCCAUCUUCAAAAAGUUGUGUAGAAACUCAAAAUAAUUUUCAUUUUAUACCUACCAAUGAUACUGUAUUAUUUAAAGCUAACAAUAUGUCUUAUUAUAAAAUAAAAAAUAAUUUGACAAAAAAAAUAAAAAGCGUAAAUGAUAAGUCAGAAAAUAUGAUUAAUUCAGAAAAUAUGAACAAGUCAGAAAAUAUGAACAAGUCAGAAAAUAUGAUCAGGCCAGAAAAUAUGAUCAGGCCAGAAAAUAUGAUCAAGUCAGAAAAUAUGAUCAAACCAGAAAAUAUGAUCAGGCCAGAAAAUAUGAUCAAGUCAGAAAAUAUGAUCAGGCCAGAAAAUAUGAUCAGGCCAGAAAAUAUGAUCAAGUCAGAAAAUAUGAAUGACAAGACAAAAGGUAUAAACAUGGUUAAAGUCGAGAAUAUAGAUAAUUAUUUUAGUAGUCGAUUAAAAGGAGAAAUUAAUAAAAUGAUGCAUACAAAUAAAACUAAUAGAAGUUAUGUAUAUACAUCUAAAGGUGAAUCUAAAUAUAGUGGAAUAAAUCUGUUAAAAUGUUUUAAAAUAAAUUUUGAAAAAGGAAAAUGUUUACGCAUUGGGAAUAAUAAUAAUAAUGUUGUAAACAAUGAUAAACAACAAGAAUUUAUUAUUAAAAAAAGAGUGUAUUAUAAAAAUGCAGAACAAACAGAAGAGAAUAGAAAUGGAGACAAUAAUAAUAGCAGUAGUAGUAAUGGUCAUGUGAAAAGUAAUUUGCUCGAAUCAGUUGGAGCUUUUUUCCAUAAUUUUAGAAAUAAUUCAAAUUCAGCAUAUAAAGAAACAAAUAAAAAUACACAUAUCAAUAAUAAACUAUUUAAGAAGGAUAAGACAUUAGAUGAUAGUUCAAUAAAUGUAAAACAAGAAAAUAAAGAUAAAAUGAUAUGUACAGAAAAUAUUGAUAAUAAUGGAAGUGGAGAAGAAAAUGGUAUACAAAAUAUAGAAAAUUUAAAUAAGGGUCCAAAAAAUAAUGAUAUAAAAAUAUAUAAAGAAAUAAAGGAAAAAACUGAAAGUAAUUAUAUAAAUAAUAAAGAGGAAGAAUGUAAAAGUACAAAAGAAAAAAUAAAACCAAAUUUAUGUGAAAAAAAAAAUAUAAAGAAUAUUUUAAUUAAUGAAAAUAAUUUAAAAAAUUAUAAUAUCAAAGAAAAUUCUGAAAAAAUUUUAUUAACUAUACAAUGGAAUGUAAAAAAAAUAUCAUUAUUGUGUUCAAGUGAAAAUAAUUAUGUUGUAUCUCCUGAAUUUAAAACUGAAACAAUUAUUAAUGAUUUUUUUAUUUUAUUAAAUAUAAAUAAUAAAUUAAAUUUUUCUUAUAACAAUUAUAUUGAUCUAUUAUUUUCUUAUACUGGAUUUUGUGAUAUAAUAUAUUCAGUAACAUGUGGUAUCUACAAAAAAAAAUAUUGUUUAUACAACUAUUCUACAUUUCCUUGGUUUGGUUAUAAUAAUUGGGGAAUAUUAAAAAAUUGUAUAAAUAAUGAUUCUAUUUCUAUUAAGAUUGAUAUUCAUGAAAUUAUAAAAAAAAAUAAUAAUGUUAAAGAUGUAUAUAUAAAUAAUAUGAUUUCUUCAUUUAAAGGGAAAGAAAAUUCUGUCUAUUUUAAAAAUAAUUUGGAUGAAACAGAAAAAAAUGUAAUUAAUAAAAAUAGCGAUAAAAAAUUAAACAUCUUUGAUCAAGCUCAUAAAGAAAAUAAGUUAAACUCUGAAAUGAAUUCACAUAUAUCCACUUUAAAUAACAAAAUAAUAUUAAACCCAUCUUAUGAUGCCACUAAUUAUUACAACAAUUUAUGUACCAAAUAUAUUCAGCCAAGUAAUAAAAAAAACACAUGUACAAAUAAAAAACUAGAGAAUAUAGAGAGAAAAAAUUCUCCUUUUUUACCAUUAUCAGAUUAUUAA